AGUCCGAGGAUCAGAAGGACUGUACAUGGUAAAUGGACCACCGCAAUUUACAGAAAGCACAGUGUUUCCUAGGGAAUCUGGGAAAAAUUGCAAAGUCUAUACCUUUAGUAAGGAUGGAACCUUGUUUGCCUGGGGCAGUGGAGAAAAAGUAAAUAUUAUCAAUGUCACAAACAAGGGACUGCUGCACUCCUUCGACCUUCCAAAGGCAGUUUGCCUUGAAUUCUCACCGAAAAAUACUGUCUUGGCAACAUGGCAGCCUUACACUACUUCUAAAGAUGGUACAGCUGGGAUACCCAACCUACAACUUUAUGAUGUGAAAACUGGGACAUGUUUGAAAUCUUUUAUCCAGAAAAAAAUGCAAAAUUGGUGUCCAUCCUGGUCAGAAGAUGAAAUUAUUUGUGCCCGAAAUGUUAACAAUGAAGUUCACUUCUUUGAAAACAACAAUUUUAACACAAUUGCAAAUAAAUUGCAUUUGCAAAAAAUUAAUGAUUUUGUGUUAUCACCUGGACCCCAACCAUACAAGGUGGCUGUCUAUGUUCCAGGAAGUAAAGGUGCACCUUCAUUUGUUCGAUUGUAUCAGUACCCCAACUUUGGUGGACCUCAUGCAGCUUUAGCCAAUAAAAGUUUCUUUAAGGCUGAUAAGGUUACUAUGCUCUGGAAUAAAAAAGCUACUGCUGUAUUGGUAAUAGCUAGUACAGAUGUUGACAAGACAGGAGCUUCUUACUAUGGGGAACAAACACUGCACUACAUUGCAACAAAUGGAGAAAGUGCAGUAGUACAAUUACCAAAAAAUGGCCCCAUUUAUGAUGUAGUUUGGAAUUCUAGUUCAACUGAGUUUUGUGCUGUUUAUGGUUUUAUGCCUGCCAAAGCGACAGUUUUCAAUUUGAAAUGUGAUCCUGUGUUUGACUUUGGAACUGGUCCUCGUAAUGCAGCGUACUAUAGCCCUCAUGGACAUAUAUUAGUAUUAGCUGGAUUUGGAAAUCUGAGGGGACAAAUGGAAGUGUGGGAUGUAAAAAACUACAAACUUAUUUCUAAACCAGUUGCUUCUGAUUCUACAUAUUUUGCUUGGUGCCCAGAUGGUGAGCAUAUUUUAACAGCCACGUGUGCUCCCAGGUUACGUGUUAAUAAUGGGUACAAGAUUUGGCAUUAUACUGGUUCCAUCUUGCACAAGUAUGAUGUGCCAUCAAAUUCAGAAUUAUGGCAGGUUUCUUGGCAGCCAUUUUUGGAUGGAAUAUUUCCAGCAAAAACAAUAACUUACCAAGCAGUUCCAAGUGAAUUACCCAGUGAAGAACCUAAAGUUGCAACAGCUUAUAGACCCCCAGCUUUAAGAAAUAAACCAAUCACUAAUUCCAAACUGGUAAGUAAGUUUUUACUACUUCAGUUUAGGAAAAGGUUUUACAUUGUGCAGAGUCUUUUAGAGAUCUUUUUCUCAUGUCAUUGUGUUACUGAUUAUAAUAUACUCUAG